AUGAGGCUUUAUUGGUUCAUGGCGUUUGGUGUCUUAUUUGCAUAUUUUAUGUACUGUCCGUUGCCUGAUGGGAUCGCAGAGCCAAUGACAUUGAGAGUAGUAUUUGCUACCAGACAAAUUGCAAAACUGGUGGGUAUUGGCCCAGUGCUAUUUGGUUUCACAGACAGAAUCAAUUUCACAAGAUUGGCACUAAGCUUUCAAGGACGAUUGUUCAGUAGUGAUGAACCAAGUGUAACAUUCCAUGAUGAAAUAUUUGAUGGUGUUCGAGUGCAUGUCUAUCAACCGGUAGAGAAAUCUAACGAGCCCAUUGCUGGUAUGGUGUACAUUCAUGGUGGUGGCUGGGUGUUUGGCAGUGUAGAUUCAUAUCAUCACCAGACCAACUACAUGGCGGCAAGACUAGGCAUUGUACUGGUAUCUAUUGACUAUCGAUGUGCACCAGAACAUCCAUUCCCGGUCCCAUUACAAGAUGUGGUCAAAGCUACUGUAUGGUUUCUCCAGCAUGCCAAAGACUACAAUGUUGACCCACACAGAAUUGCUCUGGUUGGUGUUAGCGCUGGGGGAAAUCUGGCUGCAGCAACGGCAAAUUUGUUGACUUUGCAAGAAGAAUACAAACAAAUGAGUCUACCUAAAGUGAAAUUCCAGGGUCUGAUUUAUCCAUGUCUACAGAGUCUAAACUUUCUCACUCCCUCCUAUCAACAAAAUAAAAACUUUUUCAUCCUAAAUCAGCAUAUGAUGGCUGAAUUUUGGUCAUUGUAUCUAACUGGUUCUCUAACGUACGUUGCCGCUAUGAAAGUCAACAAUCAUACUUCACCUCCCGUUAAGAAAGAUCAGCGGCAUAUAAUGCACCAUGAUGUCAUACCCACAGAAUUCAAACAGCGAGAUUAUACUCCACCGAACGAUUCAGACUUUGGGGAUGUGGAAAUCUCAGCACACCUGGAGAGCUAUAUUCUGAAUCCAUCCUUUGCCCCACUGAUGGCAUCUACUGUGGAAGGAUUGCCACCGGCAUAUAUCGUUACAGCAGAAUUUGAUGUAUUGCGAGAUGAUGGUAUUUUCUACGCAAAGAAACUGGAAGAUGCCAAUGUGCCAGUAACAUGGAAACACUACAAAAGUGGAUGGCAUGGAAUGCUCACGCUCUUCACAGGCCCAUUGACGUGUGCAGUCUGUAAACAGUCUAUGGAUGAAUUAUUGCAGUUCAGUCGUGAUAAUUUAUAA